CCGAUGUCGUCUUCCUAACCGGCAUAGAUUUGUCCCGGCGAACGAAGACCCCAAUCCUCUGGCGAUAUGAAACCCUAAACGGUGAUGAGACUGAUAAGGAGGUGUUAGAUUAUAAUAAAAGAUCUUUCUGGGCUCGAUAUUUCUGGUUGAGUGCACGGUUAUCAAUUUUGGAGGAAAAAAAUCUGCUUAAGAUUGAUUUCUUGCUGGAAACUACUAUACCUGAGAUGAUAGAGAAAGAAUUUUAUUCGGAGUGUGUACAUUUACUUUCACCUCUUUUGUUUUCAAAUAAAGACAUCUUGCCUGCAGAUGCUUUGAAAACGGAAGAAGGGAUCUCCUCUGUUGAGUUAUCAUCACUUGACGUUUUAAUAGAAGCAUGUCAGAGGAGUAACCCUAUAGAUGUUGAGGUUUAUAUGAAUUGUCAUAAAAGAAAGUUGCAAGUUCUCUUAGAAUCAACUGGUACGGGAGGAUCUGUUGUGACACCUAAAACCUCGUAUAAAGAUUCAAGUGAGAGUUGGGAUCACUUGGUGGCUGAGGAAGUGAAGGCAAUUCUUCUCUGUAUCUCUCAAGUGAAGAACUUCCUUGACCAGUCAGGAAACACUAAUGGCAUGGUUGCCCCAAGAGACUGUGUAGAUGGUAUACAAGCUUUGCUUUUGAUAGUCAUGUCAUAUAUCGUGAGGAAUUUUCUUUCUAAGAGAGAUACAGAUGGUGAUGGGAUUGAAGAAGAGAAGAAGUCUUGCUUUCUCGAUGCAGCUAUUGGAUUCUGUAAACUUCAACACCUUGAUUCUACCAUGUCUACAAAAUAUCAAGUUGAGUUGAUCAUAGGUCUCCAUGAUUUGCUUGCUGAAUAUGGGCUUUGCUGUGCUGGUAAAAAUUGUGCGGGGGAGGAGGGAGCUUUUCUUAGAUUUGUGAUUAAGCAUUUAUUGGCUGUGGACAUGAAAGUCAAAUCCAGUAUUAACUUCCCAUAUGGUCUUGGACAUGAUAUGGCAUUGCCUGCAAAAUUAUUGAGAAAUGAGAUAAAAUCAUUUCUCACAGAGGUGCAUGUUGAGAAAAACAAAAACAACAAAACUGAUUCUUAACAACUCACUAGGGACACCAAUGCUUUUACACCAAAAAUUAGUAAAAGUCCUAUGAUCUAAAUAUUCAAAAAAUAAUGAAGGGACCAAUGUUGGUCCUUCACCAAUGCACUUGCUCUUAUUAACGUUAAUAAAAAUUUAA